AGCUGGCCUGCUGCUGUGGGUCGGCAGGCUGCUCCCUCUGCUGUGACUGCUGUCCCAAGAUCCGACAGUCUUGCAGCACCCGCCUCAUGUAUGCCAUCUACUUCAUCCUAGUUGUCGUCCUCUGCUGCAUCAUGAUGUCAACAACUGUGGCCACCAAGAUGAAAGAGCAUAUCCCUUUUUUUGAAGAUAUGUGUAAAGGCAUUAAAGCUGGCGAUACCUGUGAGAAGCUGGUGGGAUAUUCUGCAGUAUAUAGAGUCUGUUUUGGAAUGGCUUGUUUCUUCUUUAUCUUCUGCCUACUGACCUUGAAUAUCAACAACAGCAAAAGUUGUAGAGCUCAUAUUCACAAUGGUUUUUGGUUCUUUAAACUUCUACUGUUGGGGGCCUUGUGCUCAGGAGCUUUCUUCAUUCCAGAUCAAGAGACCUUUCUGAACGCUUGGCGCUACAUAGGGGCUGUCGGAGGCUUCUUCUUCAUAGGCAUCCAGCUUUUCCUGCUUGUGGAGUUUGCGCAUAAGUGGAACAAGAACUGGACUGCAGGCACAGCCAGUAACAAGCUGUGGUAUGCCUAUCUGGCCCUAGCGACACUCAUCAUGUAUUCCAUUGCCACCGGAGGCUUGAUUUUGAUGGCAGUAUUUUAUACACAGAAAGAUGGCUGUGUGGAAAACAAAAUUCUUCUGGGAGUAAACGGAGGGCUGUGCCUGCUCAUUUCAAUGGUAGCUAUCUCGCCCUGUGUCCAAAACCGACAGCCACACUCAGGGCUUCUGCAGUCAGGAGUUAUAAGCUGCUAUGUUACGUACCUCACCUUUUCCGCUCUGUCCAGCAAACCUGCAGAAGUAGUUCUAGAUGAACAUGGGAAGAAUGUUACAAUCUGUGUGCCCAACUUUGGUCAAGACCUACACAGAGAUGAAAACUUGGUGGCUGGACUGGGUACUGGCCUCUUGAUUGCAUGCAUCGCAUAUUCAUGUCUGACAUCAACAACCAGAUCGAGUUCUGAUGCUCUGCAGGGGCGAUAUGCAGCUCCUGAACUGGAAGUAGCUCGGUGCUGUUUUUGCUUCAGUCCCAAUGGAGAGGAUUCUGAAGAGCAGCAGAACGUGAAGGAGGGACCACGGGUCAUCUAUGAUGAGAAGAAAGGCACUGUCUACAGCUAUUCCUACUUUCAUUCUGUAUUCUUCUUGGCUUCCCUCUACGUGAUGAUGACCAUCACCAGCUGGUUCAACUAUGAAAGCGCCAACAUCGAAAACUUCUUCAGCGGGAGCUGGUCCAUCUUCUGGGUCAAGAUGGCUUCCUGCUGGAUAUGUGUGCUCUUGUACCUGGGCACCCUGGUCGCUCCUCUCUGCUGUCCCUCUCGGCAGUUCUCCGUGUAAGGAUGUCUGUAGUCUCCUGGGUUCGGCAGGCCUGCAGCCUGGAAGUGCCAUCAUUCUAACAGUAUCCCAGGUGUUUAAACAGUGCGUGGUGCCCUGUGCUUGAGUGGGUCUGAAAAGCCUUUCAGAAAAAAAUCUGAUUUGCUUUUUAAUUUGGAAAUUCUAAAAGAAACUGCAGUUUGUCCCAAAGGAAUUGAAAGUUUCCACCAAACUGAUCAUGGUUGAAAUGUGUAAGCCCUAGAAACUGGAUAGUAGUUGAUUUCCUUCUGCAUGUUUUUACCAAAACAGAGUUUGGGGCACAGCAUCUUUUCACGGGGCGGGGGGGGGACCCUACCUUGUGUGGCCUGUCAUUCUCAUCCUUGAAAUAGAAAACAUGCUCCAAAUCCUCAGACCUCAGCCCCUGACAGAUCCAGACCCUCUCACUCCUGCUUCCUGGAGUCUCAUCCCCAGAGGCUUUGAGGGCAGAACUCAUGGCUUGCAGAGCCUCUGGUAUGUUAUAGGUUAUGGGAGAAAGCACCUGCACCCUCAGCGCUGCUUCCUCAUGGCACCCAUGCGUUUCCCUUUAAGUUGUGGUGCUGAGAAUCAGACUCCACUCAGCCUUCCCCCUUCCCAGGGGUCUUCUCAUCUUUCCUGGGUUCAGCAUCUUUGUAAUAAUGUGAAAAAGCACAAUUUGCCUAAUUACCACCUGUCUGGUUACCCACUGUUAUCACAACCAAAUUUGAGUCACUGUAGUAUGUAUGACUCUUUUUAAUGUUGCUUAACAUAGAACAAGAUUCAUGUUGUUUCCUUUGCCUACGCAAUGGAGGGCUACCAUUCUUCCUUGUUUGUGCUGUUAAUAAUAAUAGUACUUUAAGGAUCUUAACUGAAAAGUUGCUUCUUGAGGAAGCCUUCUGCACC